UAGUAAUGAUAGAGGUAGUUAUUGAUGAGAUCGAAACUCGAAACUAAAGAAAAAUGAUAACAUUAAAUAAUAUAGCCACUAAAUGUUGAACCUUCUGUUAUUAAAUAAUACAUUUUAAUACUCAAAAACAAUGUUGACAGCCAUCUACAUAUAUCAUUUAUAAUUUUAAAUAGUACCUAUAUAUGUUUUUAAUAAAUGUUUGAAUUUACAAUGGUUAUUAAGAAGCAAAUACGUUCACUGAUGUGUAGAGGUCGAAAAAAGAAAAUUGCUAGUUUAGUUAUCAUAUUAAUAUUUUUGAUAAAUGCAAUGUUUUAUGUAAGCUUAGAAUUGUACAAUACAAUCAAAAACAGAAAUAAAGAUCCUUGGUAUAAGAGUUUGCGUUAUGAAAAAGAUUAUGUGGAUAAAAUGGGGAUGCGAGUUAUUGUAGGUCAUUAUGUUGGUGGAAAUUCUGGAGGAAAUUUAUCUCAAGAAAUGAUCAAUACCAACCACUAUGCUCCAAUAGAUGGUGCAGGAGAGGGGGGAAGACCUGUUCAAUUAUUGCAGAGAGAGAUAAUAUCAGCCAGAGACCUGUACUCGCUGCAUUCAUACAAUAUUGUUGUAAGUGAUAGAAUUUCAAUAAACAGAAGUCUUCCUGAUAUGCGAAGUGAAAGUUGCAGAAGAGUUGAAUACGACUUGGAAAAUCUUCCAACAGCGAGUGUAAUUAUAGUCUUCCACAAUGAAGCUUGGUCUACUCUUAUGAGAACUGUGAUGUCCGUAUUAUUAAGAUCUCCAACAGUACUAUUAAAAGAGAUUAUUUUAGUAGACGAUGCGAGCGACCGCAAGUAUUUAGGUAAAGAAUUAGAAGAUGCAAUUGAAAACUUGAAUAAUGUGAAAAUACUAAGGAGUCAUAAUCGAACCGGAUUAGUAGGGGCGAGACUAAUGGGUGCCAGAAUUGCUGUAGGAGAUGUUUUACUUUUCUUGGAUGCACAUUGUGAGGUCACACAAGGUUGGAUUGAGCCGCUCUUAGAGAGAGCAGGAAGUGACGACGUAUUCAUUUGCCCGCACAUUGAUCUCCUCUCCGACGAUACAUUAGCAUACACAAAAAGUAUCGACGCUCAUUGGGGAGCAUUUAGUUGGCGCCUUCACUUCCGUUGGCUGAUGCCUAGCAAUGAGGUAAUGAUAAAUAAGUCUAAAAAUCCUUCUAAACCUUAUCCAACACCAGCGAUGGCAGGCGGUCUUUUCGCUGUGAGAAAGAGUUUAUUUUGGCGCUUGGGAGGGUACGAUGAGGGUAUGGUUAUAUGGGGCGCAGAAAACCUAGAAUUAUCCUGGCGAGCGUGGCAGUGCGGAGCGAGAGUCGAAAUAACACCUUGUUCCCGGGUCGGUCACAUAUUUAGAAGGCAUAGUCCCUACAAAUAUCCCGGUGGUGUUGCGAAAGUUCUGAAUUCGAAUCUUGCGCGAGCUGCAAGUGUUUGGAUGGACGAAUGGGCAGACUUUUUUUUUAAAUUUAACCCUUCAGUUGCUGCAAUACGUGACUCUCAAAGUGUGGGCGAUAGAAUUGAGAUUCGAAAAAAUUUACAUUGCAAAAACUUCAAGUGGUAUUUGGAGAAUGUGUGGCCGCAACAUUUUUUCCCAACCGAUGAGAGGUGGUUUGGAAGAAUACGCAAUGAUAAGGGUGGUUGUAUCGGAGUCACUGCAGGAACCCCUGGGCUCGGGGGGCCCGCUUCGAGUAUAAGUUGUGGAAGUGAUCUCGAUCUAGAUAGAUUAUUAGUGUAUACCGUCGAGGGGAAAGUGAUGGCCGACGAAGGAUUGUGUUUAGAGCAAGGGAAUGGGAGAGCAGUUUGGAAAACUUGUACAGAGAACAUAAAACAGAUUUGGCAACAAAAAGGUCCUAGGUUAAAGACAUUAGAUGGACUUUGUUUGACGUUAGUUAAUGGUGAUAGUGAGGACGGAAUCGGUGACCCUUUGACAGCUAAGCGGUGUUUAAACGACAACAGACAAAUAUGGCAUUUUGAACGAGUGCCUUGGCGUUAAAAAUGUGAUAUUCGUAAGUAAAAAUACUCGUACAAAUAUUAAGUUUAUACUAAAUAGUACUAAAUUUAUUUUGAAAUCUUAACUCAUAUCUAUAAAGUGAUAACAUUUUUUAUGGUUCCGUAGUGAAAUAAAAAGGGAGGUAUUUUGCGUCUUCGAUUUGUGCGAUUAUCUUAGCUAAUAAGUUUAAUUUCGAUUUAGGUCUUGGGGUAGUUGUGACUCCCACAAUCAGUUUUUAGUACAAAAUUCCAUUGUUUUAUUGUAUUUAUGAUUUCAGUUUAAAAAACAAACUCUUUAUUAUGUUGACAAUUCAAUUCGCGUAAGAAAAAACUUUCAAAUUAAUAAGGUUUUGAAGUUUUUUUAAAUGCGUAUACGUGCGGCCUUCUAAUUAGCCUUUAAGAGUUCCUCUAGCCUCCUCUUUCCAUCAACAAAUCAUUUCAGUGGUACCAAAUAAAUUUACCAUAUUCCGAAUUACAUAUGCUUGCAAAUUUUUAAAUCGACGCGAUACUAGAGAUCUAGUUAAAGUGUUAUUAAUAACACGUAUCAUUUUUUACAAUAUAAAACAAUAGUUAAUUUCGAAACUAUGAUUUUUAAAUCCAUUUUUUUCCUUAAUUUUCGUUUUCACUCUGCUUCCUGCUAUUU